AUGGUCCAAUACCAUGUGGCCUCUCCCUAUGGACCGAUACCAUGUGAGAAAAACUCACAGGGACAGGAGCUCACAGGGACAGGAGCUCACAGGGACAGGGGCUCACAGGGACAGGAGCUCACAGGGACAGGAGCUCACAGGGACAGGAGCUCACAGGGACAGGGGCUCACAGGGACAGGAGCUCACAGGGACAGGAGCUCACAGGGACAGGAGCUCACAGGGACAGGAGCUCACAGGGACAGGAGCUCACAGGGACAGGAGCUCACAGGGACAGGAGCUCACAGGGACAGGAGCUCACAGGGACAGGGGCUCACAGGGACAGGAGCUCACAGGGACAGGAGCUCACAGGGACAGGAGCUCACAGGGACAGGAGCUCACAGGGAUAGGAGAUCACAGGGACAGGAGCUAAAAGGGACAGAAGCUUACAGGGACAGGAGCUCACAGGGACAGGGGCUCACAGGGGCUCACAGGGACAGGGGCUCACAGGGACAGGAGCUCACAGGGACAGGGGCUCACAGGGACAGGAGCUCACAGGGACAGGAGCUCACAGGGACAGGGGCUCACAGGGACAGGGGCUCACAGGGACAGGAGCUCACAGGGACAGGGGCUCACAGGGACAGGAGCUCACAGGGACAGGAGCUCACAGGGACAGGGGCUCACAGGGACAGGGGCUCACAGGGACAGGAGCUCACAGGGACAGGAGCUCACAGGGACAGGAGCUCACAGGGACAGGAGCUCACAGGGACAGGAGCUCACAGGGACAGGAGCUCACAGGGACAGGAGCUCACAGGGACAGGGGCUCACAGGGACAGGAGCUCACAGGGACAGGAGCUCACAGGGACAGCUUGCAUACGCCGCAGUGAAACGGAUAAUCCCCGCUAA